CUGACCAGGAGAGAAGAAAUUAAAGAAUGAGAAGAUAUAGCUCAUCCAGAGUGGUCCUCAUGGCUCUGCUUCCUUGGUUGUGGAUGAUCAUCAUCAUCUUCUAUUGCUCAUCAAGUGGAGGAGUUCUUGGAGCACCACUAGUGCCUGCUAUGUUUGUCUUUGGAGACUCACUAGUAGAUAAUGGAAAUAACAAUUUCCUCAGCUCCAUUGCAAAAUCAAACUACAUUCCUUAUGGGAUUGAUUUCUAUGCAGGCCCCACUGGGAGGUUCUCUAAUGGAAGAACUGUAGUGGAUAUGCUAGGAGAGAUGUUGGGUCUCCCUUACGUCCCAGCCUAUGCUGAUCCUACUACAUCAGGAGCAAAAAUUCUUAGUGGAGUGAACUAUGCUUCAGCAGCUGCUGGCAUUCUUGAAGAAACUGGCUACCACCUUGGAGAGCGUUACAUCUUGAGCAGACAAGUGCUUAAUUUUGAGAAUACCUUGAAUCAGUUAAGAACUCAGAUGGAUCCCGUUUACUUGCCACAAUACUUGGCCAAAUCUAUUGCAGUGAUGGUGAUUGGGAGUAACGACUACAUCAACAACUACCUCUUGCCCCCCUUAUACAGUACCAGUUACAAUUACAAUCCUACGGACUACGCCAAUCUCCUCAUCAACCGCUACACCCGUCAGAUUCUGGCUCUAUACAAUGUUGGGCUAAGGAAGUUCUUCUUAGCGGGGAUAGGCCCACUAGGUUGCAUUCCUAACCAAUUAGCAACCGGUGAAGCACCACCUGGGAGAUGCGUUGCGUAUGUGAAUGAAAUUGUUGGGUUGUUCAAUGUAAGGCUGAGAUCACUCGUCGACCAGCUUAAUUCCAACCAUCCUGGAGCAAUUUUUGUGUAUGCCAACACUUAUGGAGCACUGGGUGACACCCUCAAUAACCCUGCAACUUAUGGUUUUAGCGUGGUUGACAAAGGGUGCUGCGGUCUCGGAAGAAACCAAGGGCAGAUAACAUGUCUUCCUUUCUCAAUUCCCUGCCCAGAAAGAAACCAAUAUAUAUUCUGGGAUGCCUUCCAUCCAACUCAAGCUGUGAAUGCAAUCCUUGCUCGGAGGGCCUUUAGUGGCCCACCUUCUGAUUGCUACCCCAUGAACAUUCAACAAGUCAUACAAAUGUAAUUUAAUUAAGUUGUUCCCAAGGAUCCAUCCCAUGACAUAUAUAUGUUCUUAGGAAAACUUAAUUCGGAUCCAUUUUAGUUCGCUCUAUGUAAUUGAUAUGUAAUGAUCAUUCUCUUUCCAUCA